AUGUCAGCCACAGAGUCAAAGAUGCUUGUGGGGAAUGUGGCAAGCAGCAUAUUAAUAAUGCCGGUAGCAGAAACAACAAUAACUGCAACAAAAAUAAAAACAAUAACAACAGCGAGAAAAUUGAGCAAUCCAGAUAAUCACAAUGAGUACGUUGUUGCAAGCGUCGAGGAGAAGCAUUUAAGGCACGCAAUGCUUGGAAAUUUUAAUCACCAAAAUGAGCUUUGGCAAGCCAAGCUGGAUGAUGGUAGCAACAGAAAUAGCAAUAGCAACACCAGCACCAACACCACAAACAAGCAUGUACACCAUCGUUGCGGCGAAGCGAAUAAGCAGUGCAAGCGACUGCGAUUAUGGAGGUUAAAUGAGGAUACGAAUUGUGUCAACAACAUGCAACGAGCAACAACAAAAACAAUGUUUGCAAAAAUGACGAGUGAUGCUACAAACAAGCGCAUUUCGUAUAACAAUACUACGUGCCAGCGCAGCGAAAGCUACAUUAAUGGGAAUUAUGAGCAAUGCGACAAUAAUGAAGAGUCCAGUAAUUCACCUACAUCCAGAGCCACCACAACAACAGCGAAUGCACUAUCCACGUCGCAUGAGGUUGUUAGUAGCAUAGAAACUUUAGCGAUGCUAACACCUACUGGCCAGGAGUGCAUGCCAAUAUCAGCAGCAGCAGCAGCAGCAUCAACAUCAACACCAUUGCCAUCGCCAAAGCCCGCUGCGGAGCCAUUGCUGCGGGACAUAGAUGUCGCAAAAAUUCCGAAAAUUCGCUGCGGUGGCACAAAUCACGCAGCCGCUUUGAACCCGGUUCGGAAUAGUAAAACAACGGGGAGUUUAAAAAUUUCGAACAUUGCUGGUAAAACGCGUGGGGGUAGUAAUGGCAAUGCGAAUAGAAGAAGAAGACAUUUCGCGCUCAGUCAGCACUGGAACAUUAAAUCCACUAGCUCCAGAGUGAAAAUAGAAAGUGAAGCAGCUAAAAUUGAGGCUUCCGCAAGAGCAAGUGUGGCUAAAAGCAGCUCAAAACCGCCAUCACUGAAUUUCGCUGCAUUAACGUCAUUUAUUUUGAAUUCCACANGUAAAACGCGUGGGGGUAGUAAUGGCAAUGCGAAUAGAAGAAGAAGACAUUUCGCGCCCAGUCAGCACUGGAACAUUAAAUCCACUAGCUCCAGAGCGAAAAUAGAAAGUGAAGCAGCUAAAAUUGAGGCUUCCGCAAGAGCAAGUGUGGCUAAAAGCAGCUCAAAAGCGCCAUCACUGAAUUUCGCUGCAUUAACGUCAUUUAUUUUGAAUUCCACAUUUUUGGCGCUUUGCAAUGCCACCGCUGCGACAGCGUUGUCGGCAGUGGCGGCGACACUCAGCAGCGAUGCGGGUGCAGAUCUUCAGUCUACCGUCGAUGCCGAUGCUUGGAAUGGCAUACAAAAUGCAACUUUGGCUAAUGGUAAUGGCAGUUACGGUGCGAUUGGUGAUUUAAAUGUGGCUUCCGAAAGCGGCAUUGGUGGCAUUCGCUUUAAUGAUAGCGGAAUUUUGUUGGAUGAGGAAGUUCCCGAAUAUAUCUUCGAUCGCACAGAUGUACGCAUCAUUUUUAUAACGUUGUAUACGUUGGUGUUUUGUUGUUGCUUCUUUGGAAAUUUGCUCGUGAUACUCGUGGUAACCCUAUCGCGCCGCCUGCGUUCGAUAACCAAUUUUUUCUUGGCAAAUUUGGCAUUGGCUGAUUUUUGUGUGGGGCUAUUUUGUGUAAUGCAAAAUCUAUCAAUUUAUCUUAUAGAUAGCUGGGUCUUUGGCGAAUUUCUCUGCCACAUGUAUCAGUUCGUGCACUCGCUCAGCUACACUGCAUCAAUUUUCAUACUUGUGGUCAUAUGCGUGGAACGUUACUUUGCGAUUGUUCACCCGAUUGCGUGCAAACAAAUUUUAACUCCCGCCAGAUUGAAGAUGGUCAUCUUAACCGUUUGGGUCACUUCAGCCCUAUUUUCUACGCCAAAAUUCCUUUUUAGCAAAACUAUCAAAAAUAUUCACACUGAGGAUGGACAGGAGGAGGAAAUCUGUGUGAUGGAUCGCAAUAUGUACAACUCAAAGGUACUGGAUAUGAUCAGUUUCGUACUGCUCUACGUUAUACCGCUGCUGGUGAUGACGGUGCUUUAUAGCAAAAUUGCCAUCGCUUUGUGGCGUAGUUCGCACGGUCUUUCGCAUCAUUUAGUUACCCAGCAUGAGCAGCAGCAGCAGGCGCAGCACCAACAAGAGCAGCAAGAGCUAGACGAAAGCAUGAGUUUGCAUAACAGCAUGUAUCAACAUCAACAUCAACAUCUACAUCAACAUCAACAUGCAAAUCAACACAACCACAGUCUCAAACAAAACCAUCAUCAACAUCAUCAUCUCAACCAUCAUCAUCACCAUCACAUGCCGCAAAAUCAUCAUCCACCGUCGUCGAUUCUACAGGCCACCAUCAAUCACCAUCAAAAUCACCUGCAACAGACACAAACAGCGCAACAGUUGCCAGCAGCUGCACUAGCGAUUGGUACACCUGAAGUGGGCGUGGGCGUGGGCGUGGGCGUGGGCGUGGUCGGUGUGAACAGCGGUGGUGUUGUCGUUUGUGGCGGUGCCAUCAGCCAAACGGGCGGUUUAUUGUCGCGUAAGCAGAGCAGCAAAUACGACAAACGCGGCGUAAGCAUCACCGAGAGUCAGUGCGACGGCAGCCAGGUUUCCCUCGACUCCGAUCGACCCAUUGUGACGGCAUGCCGCAAUGGCAGCGGCCAGAGCAACAACGGCAACAGCAGUGGCGGUGGCAGCAUGAAUAGCAACCACAAAAGUAGUUUUAUGCAACAUCAUCAUCAUCAUCAUCAUCAUUCGUCGACGCAUCCGCAUCCGCAUCAGCGUACGCGCAUCAACCGCAUGCCACACUCAUCGAAUAAUGUGCUGCGUGCUAGGCGUGGCGUUGUGCGCAUGCUCAUCAUUUUCGUGCUCACAUUUGCACUGUGCAAUUUGCCAUAUCAUGCGCGUAAAAUGUGGCAAUACUGGUCACGUUCAUAUCGCGGUGACUCGAAUUUCAAUGCGCUCCUCACGCCGCUCACCUUCCUUGUCACCUACUUCAAUUCGGGCAUUAAUCCGCUGCUGUACGCUUUCCUAAGUCGUAACUUUCGCAAAGGCAUGAAGGAGUUGUUGCUGUGCACAUGGAAGAAAGGCAAAGGCAAGUCAUCAUCGAACUCAUCGAUGCAUCACAAAAGAGUGGCAUUACAGACGCAUUCGUUACCAACUGACACAACGCAUAUCGGCAACGAACAACUAUGAUGACCCAUUCAUCGCAUCCGCAUCCACCGGCGAAUUGCUGGCCAACGUUCAUAAGCAUGCAGCAGUGUUCGAUUUGGCCGUUUACCAGCUGCGCUUUGUAGAUGUCUGGGAAAUACCGAAUGUAUGUACAUAUGUAUACAAGUAUACUUACACGCAUAGUAUAUGUCGUAGCAAAUAGUAUUUUGGCUCAGCAGUUAAAUGGACUACAUUAAAAUAGAGAAAGAAUUUCAAGUGAAAAUCAAACAAAGAAUUGCUGUGGCAUAGCUGUCGGUAAUUAUUAUAGAAAAUUAGAAUUUAAGCAACAUUUUAUCGUUGUGAUGUUUUUAAGCUUCAAAUCUGAUUAGUGAAGUAAAUUUUG